GCCUUGAUAAGGGCGCGAAGUUCGUUCGAACAGCUUUCUUAGACUAUACUGCAGCUUUCGACUCUGUUCCUAGGACACUUUUAUUAGGCAAGAUGAAUUCAGCACAAACAGAGUCCUGGGCAACUAGAUGGCUGUCUUCUUAUUUUAAGGAUAGGAAACAGCAUACUGUUUUGGCUGGAAAGCGCUCCACUUCCCAGCUAACUGAAAGUGGUGUGCCUCAAGGUGCAGUACUUUCUCCAUUUCUUUUCUCUUUCUUUCUGCAUGACCUUCCGAACUCACCCAAAGUUAACUUCACUAAGUAUGCUGAUGACCUGACCGUUUCUGUCCCUGUAGUUUCCACAUCGGAUUGUUCCUAUAUGAAUGGCUUCCUAGCUGAAGUUAAGGAUUGGUCUCGCUCAAAUGGUCUUAAACUAAAUCCAACUAAAUGUAACACUGUUGAUUUCAGCUUGAGAAGUGAAAAAGACAUGCAUGGAUUGAUUCAAUCUCAUGAUUGUAGUAAUAUUGAUGGUACCAUGAUUGAGAGUAAGUCAAGUGUUUCUUAUCUUGGCAUUAGUUUCUCGUCAAAUCUUUGCUGGUCGUCUCAUAUUCUUAUAGUUUCUAAGAAAGUUUUCCGUCUGACUUAUUACAUAAAGAAGUUGAGACACUCAGGUAUAACUCAAUCUCUUAUCAUACAAUUUAUUAAUUCAUGUGUUUUGCCCAUCAUUCUUUAUUGUUCUCCAUUAUUCUUCCCUGGGCUACUCAAGAAAGAUCAUAUAAUACUACGAAGAACAUUGAGGGCUGUAAGUAGGGUCAGUGCUAUCCAUUUGACUCAACUAAAUGACACUGUUGUCAAUAGGCAUAUGAAUUCGUGUAAACACUUAGCUAAAGUUAUCUUAUCUGAUAGUGAACAUCCUCUUUAUUCACAAUUGUUUCCUUGUAUCUCUUCGGGUAAGACCAGAAGAAAUUUUAUAAACAUUUAUGCUCGUACUACAAAAUAUAAAAAUUCGACCAUUCCAUAUUUGGCACGAGUAUUGUGUGAAGAGACAAAUAUCAGAAAAGAACUUUUGCAACUUUUGAAUCAGUAACUAAACUAUAAAAUGAAAUGAUGCAUAUUAAUAAAUUGCACAAACUUAUAUUAAGGCUAAAGUUGAACAGGACUUGAAAUCACUUAUAUGUACCACAUCACCCAUCAUGCUGUUGGCCCUUCGAAACUCAACAUCGCUAAAAACUGCCAUGUCCCCAUCUCAGGACGCUGUAUAAAAUCCUAUACGAGCAGCAUUCGUAACCCAAAAUAAAGAUGAGAAUGGUUUGCAAAUAGUUUUCUACAUGCUAAUCAACUUACACGGACAGAACACCAUUGAACUACAAAUGGCGGCGAUAGCGAUACAAACGUCUUGUGAAGAGAGUGAGCACUUGAAGGUCACCUUUACAAUUUUGAUCGGUAGAUUUUCCUUUGAGUGAACUUUGUGGCUAAUACGUGUUGCACUUCAAUGAUGAGGGCUUUGAAAUAGCCAUAAUGAUAUCAGAUGGACGUUAUAUUCGUCAGCUAAAGGGAAAAAAUUAAUAUACGUGUAGAUUUCACAGAUGUGAUAUGCACUAGAUCCAAAUAGAAUAUUAAUGUGCAACUUAAUCAGAGAAGUAUAACGUUUGAAGAUAUGGUCUCUUUCAGUUGGUUGUAUCAGGCUAUGAGAGAGCCGGUUGUGCAAUUUUUAUUUUAUACAGAAGAGAAAGUGUGAUAGAUGUUUUGGAAGUUCUAAUGUCCUUCGAAUCUAUCAUGGAUUAAGUGGACGACUGUAUAGAAUUUCACCAACUCUGUGAUUGUUCUCUGCCUUGUUCGCAUAUUGAGUAUGCCUAGGAUAAGGAAUUGUUCACCAGAGGUAGGAUCAAUUCAUCUGAUAUGUACACAUCCCAAGAUAUUUCUCAAUGCAGCCGAAGGUAUUCGAAGGAACACAAUCUCAAUCUUUGCUUGAAAAGACCAUAUCCAGUUUCUCCGAGCAGGCCUGAUGGUGAUGAAAAGUGCAAAGACUGAUCCAACACCAUUACUAACUAGAUCUUGUGGACAAAGUGACUAGUAGACUUUCUGAUGACUAUAACGCAGCUAUAAAAAAUGUACAACUGGGAUUCUUUUUUCACUGAACUGUCAUAAACUCUUUUUAAUUUGGACAUGUACAUUUUUCUUAAGAUAUUUUAACUUGAUUGGUUAUUGUCCCAUUGCAAAUAUAUGCAUC